UUUAACCUUCAUUUAUUUAUUUGGUUCCAAUACACCAGUGACUGAGAUAAGAAAAAUAAGCAAAAUUAAUUUGUUAGGUUCUCAAAAUGCUGCACCGUGUGGGUAAGUGUGACUCACAGUUACCGUGACCGCAAUCAGGAGAAACAUAAACAACUUUAAAUUCAGUCUUUAAUCCUUAUUGCAGGAUUUUAAGCAGUAGCUGCACCGUCUACCCAUUGCUCAACUUGUUCAGUUGCAGGUUGCUCAGUAAGCAAUAAGCUUUAAACUGAGAAUUAUUAAGCACUUUUCACAGUGCUAACUGGACUGGCCAUCCGAUGCUUCUCGCUUGGUUCUGAAAAAUGCUACUACAGCUGUCUCUAUGUGAGUCAUCUGCUGUUGGGAGACAAUGAGUUACAGCAAAAUGCCUGGACACCUUUCGUGUAACUGUGAAAAGUGAAUAGAGUGAGGGACUUACUACUCGGAGAGAGGAUCAGAAUGAAACAGUCCACAGCACGAAUAGAGACACAAGUUAGCUUGAGAUAUACAAGGAAAAGAUAAAGAUUAAAGAGAGAAAACUCUUUGGGAAGCUUUCAGCCGGUUUCUGAAUAUAAGGGCCCUCAGUGGAAACCGAGUUGUGCAGUUUUUCCAGCUAUUUUUAUUUUUGUUUUGGAUUUCCUGCAUCCGCAGUUUUUUGCUUUUACCUUAGUGCAGCACCGACUUCAGACUUGCACACUGCAAUUGGUGUCACCCACAGGCCAGCUAUUUCAGCGAGUGGGUUAAUGGUGUCAAAGAGGAAACUGCAGUAACUAACGGCAGGGGGCUGUGUGGUGGAGAGAGGCUUAGUGACACCGCCCAGUGAAUGAGAAAGCCGAUGCCUCGUUUCUGACCACAGGCUGUUAGCAAAACUGGACUUUAUAUUGCUAACGGUGCAAGUACAUACUCGUGUAUCCCUAACGUCGGCAGCAACCAUGGGUUCCGCUGGUCACAAAGUGCUGGAAAAUGGAAACACGUGGUACAGUGGGAUCACCAAAACACGUGUAAUCAUCCCAGCACCCCAUGUACCAAAAGCCUAAUUGGACUUCCUCCAUCAGUGGACCUAAAUCACUGAAGAACGAUCUCCAAUUAUGAAAAACUGUUACCAAGCAUUAUUACUUGCCCUAGUGGUAAUAUUAUUCAUCUUCUACUAUAUGGUCUCCAACAAUAACAAUAAGUUGCCUAAACCUGCCUUUGCCAAAGACUUUUCAAACCGCUUAAUCAGUUUGAAAACUCCACACCCAUCCACAGAGCCCGGAAUUAUGUUUGUGCAGACCUCCGAUGAACUAAACCCUUCGCCAUUGGCUAAGUGUGCCGUCGAAUCAGCUGCUCGAAGAAACCCAAAUAAAACUGUUUAUUACUUCAUGAAAGGAUUCAAUGGGAACAUAUCAGCCUAUCAAAAGCCUGAAUUCAAUGCCAUCCCUCUGCUUUCUUCAAUCCCGAAUGUUAUCAUCUUGCCCUUGAAUCUUGAUGAAUUAUUCAGCAGCACUCGCUUGGCUGACUGGUAUAAAGAGGUAGAACCUGACGUGGAAAAAUACUGGAUUCAUGUGCUGUCCGAUGCCUGUCGUAUAGCGCUGCUGUGGAAGUAUGGAGGAAUCUACCUGGACACGGAUGUCAUUUCACUCAAGCCCUUGGAGUUCCAAAACUUCAUCUGUGCACAAUCAGAAAAUUAUGCUAAUGGUGCAGCUUUGGGAUUUACCCGCAGUCAUUCCUUUACAGAGAUGUGUUUAACGGAUUACGUUGAGAAUUAUGAUGGAGAAGCCUGGGGCCAUCAGGGUCCUGACCUGAUGACUCGAAUGUUGAAGAAAUGGUGUGAAACUGAUAAUCUCGAUAACUUCCUUAACAAAGAAUGCAAAGGGAUUUUGUACUUGUCCAGUAACUGGUUCUACCCAAUUCCGUACACCAACUGGGAAAAAUACUUUGAAAGAGAUAGAUGGAACGAGAAUAAUAUUGAAAAUGAAUUCUCAAAGACCAGUGGGGCACAUAUCUGGAAUUUUCUAAGUGGUCAUUAUGAAACUCAAAUCAAAGGAAGUCUGUCAUUAAUGGAAUACUUCUUCAGUAAAUACUGUCCGAGCACAUAUAAAUCUCUCCCAAAAUGAUGUCUGAUUUUUAUGUUGGUUUGCAUAUUUGCAUUGAAUGUCAAUUACUACAGAAUCACUGCUAACCAAACCAAUCAUGAUGGCUUAUACCUUUGGGCCCCCAUUGCCCUCAUCUCAUUAUUUCUUCACCUGUAUCUUUCUACUGCCUGUGCAAUUGCUGGCUAAUGGUAAGAAAUGGGAAAAGUGGUAUCCUGCCUCUUGUUUUACCUUCUACCCUCCCCCUGUCCCUCUCCUGCACAAACGUCACUGGCUGCACCAAGAUUGGUUGAUAGCUCAUUUUUUUUUUUGUUACUAGCCCCUUCCUGAGGUCCCUGUCUCCACUUUAAUCUAUGCAUCUUAAUUCAAAAUUGUUCAAUUCAGAUUACGUGUUGACUGUUUUUUUUAGCUCUAAUAUCAUGUGUUUUUGACAUUGCCUAAUUCAAAUGAUUGGAUAAUUCAUUUUCUCCAAUGCAAAAACUGGCAAGUGCAAAACCCGUUAUUGAGACUAGACUAUACACAGUACGAAGAAUGGCAGUGAGUUUAACAUUGGGAGGUGCCCCCUAAUCAACAUCACCUUCACACUGAGCCUGUAAUGUACUAAGAAGCACACAUUCUGGUUUAUGGUGCAACUACUACAAACUGUCUAGGCUGCCGUUUUUAUUCAUCAGUAACUUGCCGUAAGUAUUUGCAGUCCCUUGGUCAAAUAUCUCUUGAUAAAGUAGAACCAAAGCCUCUGAUAGCGUGGCUGUUAGUGCAAUAUUGUGUAUGACUAACCUCUAAUGUAUUGCUGUUUACUAUUGAAAGGUCCCUUAUGUGGAUAAGAUUACUUUUUUUUACAUGAAUAGAGUACAAUACACUCCUAAAUCUCUAGGAUAUUUAGUUAUGUCAUUGACAUUAUCUUUUGAGUGAAUCACUGCCUCUUGCCUUUACUGAGAUUGUAUUCGAUAUACACUGGAUGCAAAUAUUGAUUUUUAUAUUUGAUAAGUUUGAUUUUGACUAUUUUGUAUAUUACAGAUUUCUGUUUAAGAUCUUCAAUUUUCAGUGAAAUGAGGGAAAACUUUGCACUAUUGUUGCCUAUUUAUUAAUUGGAUGAUGAUUUUGAAUGAGUCUAUUUGCUCAAUUAAAUGGCCUUGCAGAUUCAAA